AUGGCAAUUAAAUUUGGAAAUUUUUCAAAAAUCUGUUGAAAAAUGUUUUCCUGAUACUGAUGAUUGUUUAAGCUUUUUAGAAAGUUUGGAAAAACUCCAAAAUGAACAAAUUGCUUUAAUUUCUCAAAUUGAAGAAAAAAUGCCGAUCAAUAGAAAGAAUAAAAAUUACGAUAUUGCUAAACAAUGGUUGGUAAAGGAACUAGUUUGG